AUCAAAUCUGUGAGUUGGCUCGCGGGUUAGAAGAGAGCGGGGUUCCAUUCUUUUGGACUCUGAGAGAGAACCACUCAUCAUUGGGCUUGCUAGAUGGGUUCGAAGAGAGGGUCAAAGGACGAGGAAUUGUAUGGAAGACUUGGGCCCCUCAGAAGAGUAUAUACUCAGUCACCACUCUGUUGGCGGAUUUUUGACUCAUUGUGGUUGGAGUUCUAUCAUCGAGGGAAUCACGUUUGGUCACCCACUAGUCAUGCUUCCCUUCUUAUAUGACCAAGGGAUUACUGCUCGCGUUAUGGAGGACAACCAGGUCGGCAUUGAAGUCCCGAGAGAUGAAGAAGACGGGGCAUUCACGAGUGACUCAGUGGCUGACUCAGUAAGGUUUGUGAUGCUUGAAAGCGAGAAGGGGACGAAAGUCCGAGAGAACGCCCGGAGAAUGAGUUUGAUCUUUGGAGA